GAGGAGGACAAUAGAGAGACCCGCUGGAAGGCAGAUGUAGGCACAGUAGCGGUGGGGAGGUGGUAAGAAGUCUGUGGAUUCCGGAUAUGUUUUGAAGGUUCUUCUGCCCCCCGCCCUGUGUCUACCUCGCGGGUCCCGGCUGGAGGGUGAAGCCAGUGCAGGGUCAAGCCCACCAGGCCGGGGAAACCGGGCCCACCGUCUGCGGUUACAUGGGACUGGACGGCGCGUCCGGCAGCGCUGCCGAGACGCAGAAGUUGAAUUUCGAGGAGCAGCCGGACUCCAGGGAAUUUGGUUGUGCCAAGACCCUGUAUAUCUCAGACGCCGACAAGAGGAAGCACUUCCGGCUGGUGCUGCGGCUGGUGCUUCGAGGGGGCCGUGAGCUGGGCACCUUCCACAGUCGCCUCAUCAAGGUCAUCUCCAAGCCAUCGCAAAAGAAGCAGUCGCUGAAAAACACCGACCUGUGCAUAUCCUCAGGCUCAAAGGUCUCCCUCUUCAACCGCCUGCGCUCCCAGACGGUGUCCACACGCUACCUCUCCGUGGAAGAUGGGGCCUUUGUGGCCAGCGCGAGACAGUGGGCUGCCUUCACGCUCCACCUGGCUGAUGAGCACUCUUCCCAGGGGGACUUUCCUCCUCGAGAGGGCUACGUCCGCUACGGCUCCCUGGUUCAGCUUGUCUGCACGGUCACUGGCUUCACGCUGCCACCUAUGAUCAUCCGCAAGGUAGCCAAACAGUGUGCGCUCCUUGACGUGGACGAGCCUAUCUCUCAACUGCACAAGUGUGCCUUUCAGUUUCCAGGUGGUCCUCCAGGAGGGGGUGGCACCUACUUAUGCCUUGCCACAGAGAAGGUGGUGCAAUUCCAGGCCUCUCCUUGCCCCAAGGAGGCGAACAGGGCGCUGCUCAACGACAGCUCUUGCUGGACGAUCAUCGGCACCGAGUCGGUGGAGUUCUCCUUCAGCACCAGCCUGGCGCGUACGCGCGAGCCCGUCACUCCGGUGCCGCUCAUCAGCACCCUGGAGCUGAGCGGCGGUGGUGACGUGGCCACGCUGGAGCUGCAUGGAGAGAACUUCCACGCGGGGCUUAAGGUGUGGUUCGGGGACGUGGAGGCAGAAACCAUGUACAGGAGCCCGAGGUCCCUCGUGUGCGUGGUGCCCGAUGUGGCGGCCUUCGGCAGCGACUGGCGCUGGCUGCGCACUCCUAUCACGGUGCCUGUGAGCCUGGUGCGCACCGAUGGGCUGUUCUACCCCAGCGCCUUCUCCUUCACCUACACCCCGGAGUACAGCGCCAGGCCGGGUCCCGCCGGCGCCGCCGAGCCUGCUACAGACGCCGACGCGCUCCUCGAGAGCAUCCACCACGAGUUCACGCGCACCAACUUCCACCUCUUCAUCCAGACUUAGGCGCGGCCUGCGCCCCGGGGUUGCUCCAGCUCUCCAUGCUCUGCUUCCUUGCCCCUUUGCCGUGAAAGGGCAAGAAGGCUCGCCAGAAAAGCUCAGUCUUUACGCGUCAUUUACCUGUUCUUAGACAUAUAGGAAGACACGACCCAAGCGAUGCUGUCUGUAUUCAGUGUGUGUUUCUUCCAGUCUUUGUUUCUUCUCGCUGUCUCUAAAUCGAUCAGUCCAUCAUUUAUCUGUUAUCUGUCCAUUUAUCUCUCUCUGCCUCAGGAACUUUGUGUCCCUAUCCCCUCUGUCGUUGUCUCUCCUUUCUUUCCCAGUUUCACAAGCUGGGUGGAGGGAGAGGAGCCAAGCCUGGGUCAUUUGCCCUCCAGGCAUCUGUGUCCCCACUUGAGCAGAAAACACAUAGUUUCACAAACCCUGGCAUGAGGCAUGCCUCCUGAAUCAUGGCCAGCAUGCCCUUGAGCACUGGUUCUGCUUGGAGUGUCAGAUGUAGGUCAAAGCCUGCCUGCUCUCCCGGGCACAAAGCUGUAGGCUUUGACCUACAGCACCAAGUCACAGCAAAUCCUAAGUCUCACCUGGAACACCGGAUCCCACUUGGAGCCCUGGUCCUGUUGUGGGUCACUAGGAUCUGCCCCUCCGGGCACUCCUCCAGGGCUGGAGCCGCACACUGUGCCCUUGCCUGUGUUUGCUCUCUGGCCCACGGCUUUGGUGGCUGAGCUGGUGCCCGGGAGAGCAGGCAGGCUUUGCCAUCAUAACCAUCUCCCUAGUUAUUUCUUUUCUGGGCCUAAUUGAAUGCAGGCCUGAGGAUCAGGGCUUCCUCUGCUGUCCUAGAAUCAACCCCUAUGCAGGGCAGAUUCUGUGUCAAGAGCCUGCCAUUUUUAUCUUUUCUAGAGGUAGCUGGCAUCCCUGAGCCCCUGUCCCUCCAGUAAUUAAUUACCUUACUAGCUAUAGUCACAUCUCAGGCAAGAAUGCAGCCCAAGCCCAGAGGCAACACGGGAGCACCUCAGAACAAAUCUUUCCCAGGAUAAUCCAGACAGAACUCUUGGGAUGACUGGGCCAUAAUGCAGCUAAAAGAGGGGACUUCUUUGUAUGGGGACCAAGGACCAAAUCACAAUCCAGCACUGAUCAGGCUGCCCACGCUCUGCCCAGGGAAGAAAAAAUAAACAAACAAACAAACACCAGGCAGGACCCUGGCUCGGGCUAUGGGAACCAGGGACAUGAUGGUGCCAGCUACCUGUACCAGCCCCUGGUGAUGUCCAGUAGGGACACCUGAUCUGAACUGUGGGUUCGGCACUCAGCCCCAUAGGCCCUUCCUUGACCUUUUGAGGAAGAGCUCAUUUCCCGUAGAACUCCUCCCCCAGCAUGUGGAAAGUCCCGAGAGACUUUAUGGGAAAAUCCCUUUAUGAGCAAAUCCCUAUCGGGUUGGCUUUUUAGACUCACCAGAGUCUUGAGUAAGUUCUGUCAUCUGCCGUCAGCAAAUCCACUGUGAGGGGUGAGGAGGAAUCUUGCUCCGAUCCCAUGUGGGCCCUGAAGUUGAAUCCUAGCUGAGGAACACAGGGCCUGCCUUGGAAGGGUUUGUGUUGUCUCAUGGUGGUGUUGGAGCAGGGAGGAAGCUAAGAGGACUUUCACAGCAUGCCAUGUGGGGAGCUGGCUCAAGGGCCCAUUCAUCCCUGCCCUCAAGGGCUUCCGCUGCCACUCCUCAAAGAAGGAGCCUCGGAAGUCAAGAACCUAAGUUGCCCUGAAAGCCCAGGGCCGGCCAAGCAGCAAUGUCCUCUUCUGCACUUUUCUCAGGGGAUCCUACAAGCCUUGGUCCCACCUAUAAGCCUGUGACCCCAAAGCUCCAUCCCUGGUCUGUAUUUGAGUUCCAGUUGCUGGGCCUGUCCUGGGGCACUUCCUUGAACCUGGGCCUCAGUCAUCUCGCAGCACAUUUUCUUCCCUCUCCACCCCCUCUGCAGCACCAGAUCUGCUAUCCCUCCCACAGCACUACUGUCACCAUGGCAUGAGGACUCUGCCUCUCCUUCCACACUAAAAUAAUCUUUCUCCUUUGCUCUCUCUCCACUACUGCCCUGCCUUCCAGACUCAGGUCAGAUGUCAAAAAUUCCUCAACUACUUGAAGAAGUACCAACUCCAUAAUUUGCAGGGCCUAGUGGAAGAUGAAAAUAUUUGGCUCCUAGUUCAAAUAAUUUUAAGACAGAGACAGGAGAUGGUGAAAUCAAGCACAGAGCUCUUCCAAGCCCAGACCCAGACCAACAAAAGCCAGCCCUGGCCCUAGGCUUGUAUUCUUUCCUGUUGUCUCUUAACUUCAGGUCAAAGGGCUUUAUGUACCUACCCGUUGUUCCCUCCAGAUUGUGAGCUCCAUGUUGAAAGCCAUAGAAGGCAUGUCGUAGAAGGCACAUUGCAAAGCCUUUUACACUGGGUUGAUGAUAUUCAAUAAAUAAAUAUAUUGUGUUGC